AUGAUACGCCGCCGGGGCAAGCCCGCGCCGCCGCCACCGCCGCUGCCCACGCUGCCGUUCGAGGUGGUGGUGCGCAUACUAAAGUACUUGUUCCAGAGCGACCAAAGCGCUACUGGCAAGCUCCUUUCGCUGAAUUCUGGCGUGCAGCGCGCGUUGUUCCCCGUCGUGUACGCACGCGUGGAGCUGCACACCUCGACGGCGCUCGCGCGCUUUGCCGAGCUGGUCAGAGAGCGCCCCGAGGCUGCGCGUGCGGUGCGUAGCCUGUGGAUUGGCCCGAGCCAUGCGCGCUCCGAUCUGCUCUCGAUCCUUUCGGCGCCGCUGCCCGGCGACUCGGCCUACCUCGAGUCGUUGCGGGAAGAAGUCUAUACCCAUACCCGCUUUGUCCUGCGUGCAUGUCGGCGCCUGAAAGACGUGGCGCUAAGCGGAUCGCUCGUAUCGGCGGCAGUUGUGCACUCGUACGGCACUGCGUGCCAGCCGGUGCGCUUGACGAGCAUCAAUCCGCACAGCUUCGUGAGCGGGUUUGACGCGCCCAUCUUUCGCAAGGUGCAGGACCUCACCGUGUGCGAUAUCAACCUAUCGUUUUCCGAGGCGGACGCCAUCCGGCGCCUGCCCGCCCUCAAGUGCUUUGAAUAUACCUCUCCGAAAGACUAUGGCGACGUAGUGCGCGACAUAACGGUGCUGCGCAAGCUGCUCGCACUCGACGAUGCAUCGCUCGAGGACUCGCUCGCGCGGCUCCUGCUCGAUGCGCGGCCGUCGUGGCUGCAGCGCUUGCACUUUCGUGCCGUGCCGCAGCGCGCCAAAAAGGUCGUGGCCGCGCUCAAGGAAGCGCUCGAAACCGCCCCGCGGGGCGUCGAUAUCGCGCAGGCGGAACUCGCGCACGAGUUUGUCAAUGAGUGGGAUGCCCUACGUGACCUCGUGUUUAACGCACAAGGCGACUACUCGAGGCAGGUGCUGGGCGACGACGUGGGGUCGUGGGUCGACCCGAGCCAUGCGCUGGAGCAGCUGCGUGCCGAGUGGCGCCAGCGCUCUGUCGAGGUCCUGGCCUAG